AGCUCGUCUACCUCACACCCACUUCCUCUGCAGCCAUCAGCCCAUUGAAGAGUUGAGAGAGGUGAGCAGCCAUGGCGCAUGUCGGGGGCGUCAUCGCUUCUGCCAUCCUCGCUGUUGUGAGCAAGCAGAUCAUGUCCGCCAUCAAAGGCCAGAUCAAGCUGCAGUGGAACUUCGUAAGCGACCUACAGAAGAUGAGAUCGUCGCUGCAGACGGUGGAGGCCCUGCUCGAAGACGCUGAGAGGCGGUCCAUCACGGAUCAGGCGGUGCGUCUGUGGCUGGGGCGGCUCAAGGACACUAUGUAUGAGAUCUCUGACAUGAUCGAUGAUUUCGAAGUCAACACUGAACCUGCUACACAAAAGUGUUGCCCUCCAAUCAAUGUUUCCAAGUUGAAAAUGGCCAAUAAGAUGAAGAAUAUGAGAGAGCAGUUGAAGGGGAUCGCAGAAGACCGUAUUCCUUUCAUUUUCAUGCAAGAAAAUGCCCCUAGUGUGCCGGAAAUCCAUGAUAACCGGGAAACAACAGCGGCUGUGACAGAAACACAAGUCGCAGGGAGGGAUAAUGAUAAACAGGAAAUCAUGGCUCGUUUAUCUGGGAGCAUCACAAAAGAAAUCACCAUCCUUCCCAUAUAUGGUAUUGGAGGCAUUGGGAAGACAACCAUGGCACAAUUGGUUUUCAAGGAUUCACACUUCAAAGAGUACUCUCGGGUGUGGGUCUAUGUAUCCCAGAAAUUUGAUUUGAACAAAAUUGGAAAUUCUAUAAUAUCACAACUAUCCAAUUGCAAUAGUCAGCAUACUGACCCACAGAUGGUAGAAAAUAAUGUUCAAAGGCUAUUUUCUGGUAAAAAGAUUCUAAUCAUCUUAGAUGACCUGUGGGAGAUGGAAGCAGAAAAGUUAGAAAGGUUGAAGACUAUGCUAGAACUGGGUGAAGGGAGCAAUGUGGUGGCGGUAGUAACCACACGAGAAGAAUAUAUUGCACAGAAAAUUCAGACAUUGGAGCCAUACAAGUUAACUCCCUUGGGAGAUGACAUUUGCUGGACCAUCAUAAAAGAUAAAACUUCCUUUGAUGCUAGAACUAACAACGCGCAAUUAGAGCUGAUAGGGAAGGACAUUGCAAAGAAGUGUGGAGGUAUGGCUUUAGCAGCCCAAUCUAUUGGGUAUAUGUUGUACUCUAUGAAGUCAGUUGAUCAAUGGGUGUCGGUGAACAACAGUGAGUUCUGGCACGUGCUUGCCUCAGAAGAAUCUUCAUCUCAUCAGGUGCAUGCAUCAUUGCUGCUAAGCUAUCGUAGUAUGGGUUCAUACUUGAAGCUAUGCUUUGGCUAUUGUGCAGUCUUUCCAAAAGGUCACAAGAUAUCUAAAGAAGAACUAGUUCACCAAUGGAUUGCUCUUGGACUUGUUAAGCCAUCAAAGACAUUUUCUGAUAUACAGACCAGUGAAAGUUAUAUUAACCACCUUUUAGGCAUGUCCUUCCUUGAACAUCCAAAGUCACAAGUGCCAUGGACCUCAUCUGCGGUUGCGGUGGACGUAGGUGCCGAAGGAGGAGGUGAUGUGGUUGCUGAAGAUGGAGGAGAAGGCCUAUGUGGCACCGGACAUGGAGAAGGUGUCGAUGUGGACACCUUCUUCCUCUUCUUCGUUGCCGCCUUGGUGAGGGCCUUGGCGGCCGUCGUCGGCUUCCUCGCCCACUUGCCAUCAACUGGAUCAAGCGGAGGGCAACCUAUUGUCUUCGCGAGCAGCGAGGCGACUAUGGACGUCCUAACUGAAUUCUUCAUCAUGCAUGACCUGGUGUAUGAUCUUGCAAGAUCAGUCGUGGCUGAUGAAAUUGACAUAGAGAGUCCUACCUGCCGAUAUGCUUGGCUGACAGAUGGGAGAAAGCUAUUUAAUUCAUCAGGGACUCCACUCUUGAAGAUAAGGGCACUGCAUUUUCAUGAUCCUGGCGACUUUCAGCUUCAUGGUGAUUUUUCACCAGCUAAAUGCCUCCGUGUCUUAGAUUUAAGAAGAUGGUGUACACGAGAGUUGCCCGAUUCUAUUGGUCAACUGAGACAGUUGAGGUAUCUUGAUGCUUCAUGGUAUUUCAGGUCGCUGGAGUCUAUAAGGAUUCCCAAAGCUCUGGGUGCCCUUACCAAACUCCAAUACUUGAAUUUAUCAGAUCGCGGAACACCCAUAGGGUUGCCAGAGGUCAUCAGCAAACUCACGGAACUCCGGUACUUAAAUAUAUCGUCCUGCAGGGGUUAUUAUUCAUUGGACAACCCGUCAGCGAAUCAAAGUUUCAUAGACUGUAUCGGUACUCUUCCCAAUCUGGAGCACUUGGACUUGUCUCGCAAUGACUAUGGUUUUAGUGUACCUGAAAGUUUUAGCAGCCUCAAAAAGCUAAACCUUGAAAAAUGCACGCGCAUUUCUAGCCUUCCAGAAAAUGUGGGGAAACUGGAUAUUCAGAACCUUUUUGGCUUGUUGAAACUGGGAAGACAAGGGUUUUAUGUGCGUGCCGAUGACAGUGAAUCCAGCAGCAGUCUUGUCUGGCUUAAGCAUACAAAUCCUGAUGAGUUGAGUAUCGUCGGUCUUGAAAAUGUGAAGUCCGUAGAAGAGGCACGCAUUAUAAGGUUGAUGGAGAAACACAAUAUUGAAAAACUGACAUUGAACUGGAGGGAAGGUGUUAGUUCUGUGGGACACAUGGUGUUGCUAACAGAGCUAGUGCCACCACCCAGUGUAAAGGAUUUGAUGAUAGUAGGUUACAAGGGUGUCAUCUUUCCACACUGGUUAAUGCCUAUGAGCAGAUAUCUUCCUAAUCUUGUGAGUUUGGCGUUGUGGAAUCUGCCAUGCAGCAGCCUACCAAGAUUCGCCCAACUACCCAACCUACGGAGUAUUGUUCUCGGCAACAUGUAUAACCUGAAAGAAUUUGACACAUCAUGCCCUAUGGGUGAGGACGGUGCGAAUGAGUUCACGUUGCCUAAACUGGAGUAUUUGAAACUGGACAACUGCCCCAAGUUGAUGAUUAAGCCAUGUCCGCCUAGAGCUGUGUUCAUGUUUAUAUCAAGAGGUAAAAAUGUGCUAUCGUCAUGCGGAAAUUGUGCCGCAAGCACAGUUGCUUCCUCCUCUUCCCCUCCUGUGAGUAAACUGAAAGUUGAAUACUCGGAGUUGCCUUUGCGGCAGUGGAGAUUGCUUCACCACCUUCCUGGCCUUAGUGAUGUAAGUAUCACCCAUUGCGAUGAUCUGACUAUCUCACCACAGAUCAGCCAAGCCUUCGUCUCCCUUGAAUCACUCUCCCUAGAAUCCAUUAGCCUGAAAUGUUUGCCAGAAUGGGUCGGUGAACUCCCAUCUCUUCGGCAGUUGAGCUUAAUAUACAUGAACUGCCUACAGGAAUUGGACAAGAACCUGAAGCAACUUACACAGUUGCAAUCACUGAGUCUGGAUAUGUGCAAUGCAUUGACAUCACUACCGCAAUGGUUAGGAGAACUCACCUUGCUCAAGACGCUUAAGAUCAGAACUUGUGAGAGCAUCACCUCUUUACCGGAGAGCAUACUCACCAACCUCCAAGAACUACGUAUUCAGUGCUGCCCUCAACUAGAUGAAUGGUGUAAGUUGAAGGAGAAUCAGAUGAAACUAGCUCACAUCAAGGAAAUGUUUUUCUACUGAAGCUAUGGACAAGUACGAGGUGGUCCAGAUGGCAUGGUCAUGGUUCAGGGUGCUGGCCCAUGUGCUCUUCUUACGCCCAUGGGUGGACCUAGGAUCAAACGCUUUGAUGAUCUUUAUUUACAUAUUCCGUAGUGUGGGUGGCUAAAUAACCCUGUAAUAAUUUCAUUCCCUCGAAAAAUAACCUGUAAUAAUUUCAUGUAU